AUGCCCUUCCACGACCUCGCUCCAGAAAUCAUACUCACAAUCCUUCGAAAUUGCAGCUCCAUCACCGAUCUUGUGAAUCUCUUCCGGUCCUGUCGGAGGAUCCAUAGCAUGCUGUCCACAUCUCAAAAGACGUUGAUACUGUACAAAGUCGCCGAGAUCGAGUUUGGUCCUCUGCACGAUGCUUUUCAGCUCCUCACACUCAACAACAGUCAGCCUGCACAUUCAAUCCGAGAUCCGCCUCGUUCCCAUUCUCUGUUGCGGCAAAUCAUCGCGGUCGGACGUGUCGCGAAGAAAUGGGAAGAUAUAUAUCCUCUCUGCAAAUGGGACUCUGAUUUUUUUGAUCGUCGUUCCUUGUCUGGGGACGAACGAUACCGCCUGAGACGCGCCAUCUAUCGAUAUUGGCUAUAUACGCAUGCUUUUCACACUCCGGCAUAUCCUCGCACCUCGCGUCGCAUCCCUCAACUCGUGGUCCAAAGAGUACAACUUCUUCACAAUUGGUCUACCAAAGAGCUCUUUGAGAUUGACGAUUUUCAAGCUACCCUGCGUGCUUUGAUUGGCUCUAGGAUUUGCCCCAGUGAUUCUGCAGUCCGCGCGAUUGGUCAUGGAGAUGGUGAAUAUCCCCAAACGAGUUCCGUCAAGCGGCCUCUUACUACCGCAGCUCAAGAUUUGUUCCACACUUCGAGAGAUGGACAUGUGGUUCAUAGACAAGAUAGACACCAUAUGAACGUUUUCAUGGGCUGGGGAGAUCCUGUAACGCAUUACUACAUCAUUGAGGACUUGUUGAAGUUGGAUCCAGAAGCAGUCCUGUGGCUAUACGACCAUUCUCAGAAGUGGCAAGUGGAAGGAUACCUUGACUCACUUGGGGAGUGGUUUUGCAACAAUGGUGAUACCUUUUCGGAGACAUUAACAUGUGUCAUACAGGGGCGAGAGAUUGAUCUUGUGGACAGGAUGGAUUCUUGUGUUGGAAUCAUAAAGAGAGAUUGUAGCCCAGAUGUCAAGUAG